UCAAUAUGUCAAUGAAGUAUGUGUACGCGGGGAGAUACGUUAUCAUUGCUACAAGCUCGAUGGAAGCACCCCGGCAACCACUUCAUUGCUGUUUCAAAAACGAUCGAAGAAAACCGUGGCUCAAUAGCUGCGAUGUGACUUCUUCACCCGCCAUCCAUUCACGAGGGGAAAUAGGACUCUGGGUGUGACCGGGAGGUGUGCCAGGGUUAAAAGAGGACAAUCAAGAGCCACGAGGGUUCAUGGUGCCAACGGUGGUUUGUUGGGGUGUCUAACUGCUCCUCUCUCAUUGUUCUCUCGCUGACAACGGGCACAUUCCUCCGUUUGCUCGUCACGCAAGGGGAUCAACCUCCUGACUGACCGACAUGGGCUGCGUUCACCAACCCAUCAACACAACGAUUUAGGCCCAGUCCAUGGUUCUGGUUUGCUCGAGCUACUCCUCGGCUGCCUCUAUGCAUUCUGCCCCCUCGAAGCAUUGCAGAGAAUCCUCACCGUUCAAGAAACCCGCAGGAUAAAACGACACGAAAGACUACCCAGCCCCUUGACCUGGCGGGAUGGGAGCCAGACAGGGGAAUCCCAAGCGGAUCGAGAACUUUGCCCACGUCGUCAACGCCUUCACCUCCCACUACGGGAAGAAUGAUGACCAAACCACUGUGACCGAGGAACAGCGGAGGAAGAGACAAGACGCGGCGGCAGAGGUUGCUGAUUCGUGAGUCCUAUUGCGAUUGUGUCUCUAGGCCACCACCGAACCAUCCAUUGCCCAUGGCGAAGAUCAAGGUGCCUGAUACCGAGAGAGGGAGAGGAGCAUCGGUUAACCAUCAAACCCCGUCUUUCGCACAGAUACUACAACUUCGCCUCCGCGGCGUAUGAAAACGGCUGGUCCACCCACUUCCACUACACGCCCUUCCCGCCCGCGUUCCCGCCGUGCGACAGCACGAUCGCCACGGCGAUGGCCUUCUACGAGCACCGCCUCGCCUUCCUCAUGAACCUGAAACCGCACAUGAAGGUGCUCGACGUGGGCUGUGGGAUCGGCGGCCCCGCGCGGGAGAUUGCAAAGUUCGUGGGCUGCGAGGUCGUGGGCGUGAGCAUCAACCAGGGCCAGAUCGACCGCGCCAUCUACUUGACCAGGCUGGAGGGCUUGCAGGACAGAUGCACGUUCGUGAGAGGAGACUUCCUUGAUCUCCCCUUCGCCCCCGCGUCCUUCGACGCCGCGUACUCCAUCGAAGCCACGGUGCACUCGCCCUCCCUCUUGCAGGUGUACAGCGGUAUCGCGCGCGUGCUCAAGCCCGGCGCCGUGUUCGGUCUGUCCGAAUGGGUGCUGACGCCGAAAUACAACCCUGACAACAAGAGGCAUGUCGGCAUCCGCAACCGGGUCGAGAGGGGCAACGGGCUGAGCAACCUGCACACGAGCGACCAGGCGAGGGAGGCGGUGACCGGGGCCGGGUUCGAGAUUCUGCACGAAGAGGAUUUCGCGGCGCAUUUUAACUAUGCGAAGAGACUUGUUGAAGAUUCCGCCGCCGCCGCCGCCGCAGCAGGUAAGAGGACACCGAGAAUGAAGAGGAGGAGUAGCGUGGAAGGACAAGAAACCGCCGCAAGACAAGAUCCUCCAGCUCCUCCUUUUGGGCAUCAAAGUCCCGUCCUCGUGCCCUUCGAGUCCUCCUCUCCAUCUUCCUCCUCCGGUGACGAGCCGCCGCUGGUCUCACUCCGCCCGGCUCCUCCCUCGACGACGCCGCUCCCGCACCCUCUGCCCAUCCCCCCUACUAUCUACCGAGCAUGGUACUGGCCGCUGUUGGGGGCCACACAACUGGCCACGACCUGGAUGGACUACUGGACGGCGUGGAAGAUGUCCAAGUGGCCGCGCCGGCUGGGCUACUGGAUGGUCUGGGCCGGCGAGCGCGUGGGCCUGUGGGACCAGGGCGUCACCGACGCCAUGACCACCUUGGCCUACUGCGUCGACAGCGCCGCCGAGGCGGGCCGGGAGGAAAUCUUCAGCCCCUGCUGGUGGUUCAUUGGGCGCAAGGUGGGGGUGAAGACGGCAGGAACACGGAUCGAGAUGGACGGGAGCGUUCCGAUUUCGGGCCAGGUGAAAGUGGACAAACCAGGGAAGACUUGAGCGCCCUCAUGUAUUGACAAGAUGCAUUGGGCAAACUGGACGUGAGUUGUGUGGUACCAGUUACAAGAUGCAUUUGCAAUGGCGGUCAGCUUCAAGGUCCUUGAAAUAGGGAGCAAGUCAUGUGCA